AUGGCAAAGGGCAAAUUGCUGGAAAUGCUCUUAGUUUGUAUUACGGGUGGUUCCCUGUGGUGUGGGGCUACAGUCCAGGUUAGUCUGGACGUGGGAUCGUUCUUGCCUGGGUUAGAGCCCAUGGUAGCCUUGUUGCUAGUUCCGCAGGUGUAUGAAGCAUUCAAAGUGCUUGUCAUGAAUUAUUUGGAUGUAGAAUCACAUGAGUCGUUUGGAUCCAUCGAGAGUUUGUUGGGGGAAACCGAUAUGACUCCGGCUGAUGUUGCUGAGAAUUUGAUGCCUAAAUCUGAUACAGAGGAUGCAGACUCUUGUUUGAAGAGCUUGAUUGAAGCUCUUGAGGCUGCUACGGUGGAGGGAAGAGUGAAGGCAGAGGAAGAAGCAAAAUUAAAGGAAAUAUCUUGUAAUGCUGAAGACGAAGUGAAAUGUAAUGGAACAAAAGAUGAACUGAAAGGAACAUCAGUUGCAGAAGUCAAAGAAAAUGGCGUGACCCCGUGA